AUGAAAGCUGCACUAGACUAUUUCUUUAAUGCUUACUCCGCCAAGUUCAGCCUCGAACAUGCCUGGAGGGAGCUGAGGCAUGACCAGAAAUGGUCCUCCACCUAUCUGCCUAAGGACGUUGGGAAGAAAAAGCGCAAACAGGUGUUGGAGGUUGAUACAGAAGAUGAAGUGGGAGGACCGGAGGGUAGACCUGUUGGGGUCAAGGCUGCUAAAGCUUCUACUAAGAGGAAGAAGAGUGGUAAAGAAGAGGAGUUGUCAGAGUUACAGGCCAUCAUGGAAGUGAAACAAAAACUCUCUAAGCUGAAACUGUUUGAUCGUUUACUUGCCAAAAAAGAUCCACUCAAUGAGACGGAAACAUCUCUUAAACUCAAGUUUAUGUCUGAGAUGUUAUGA